AUGCCGCCGCAAAGAGAAGAGGAAAAGGUCGAUCACGUCGAGCCAGCUCAGCAGACACCAGCUCAGCAGACACCAGCUCAGAAGAUAUUCCAAGACUUCUGGUACUCCCUCUAUCGCGGUAUUCCAACCCACCCACACCUGGCUUGCAGGAAAAUUGCAAUUUCUGCUCGGAGAAGUAUACGCAUUGCCUUUGACAAGACAUAUCCUUGCGCCCUCCUUGCUUGGUCGGACAAGGCCUGUACAGUCGACAUGUUUCAACAGGAUCUGGACACAUCGCUAUUUAGAAUUGCAGACAGCGGUUUAUAUCAGAAUCUGGGCUGGAUCUACACACCCAUCUUAGCGCUCCCCUGCGGGCGUGAUAAGUAUGGAAAAAGGGUCAUGGUACGCUUCCGUAUGAUCCGUGGACUUCAGUCAAUGGUUGGAGUAGAGCAAGAUAGCAGGGUCGACUGGACCGAACUCUGGGGGGAUCUCACCGAGGCGCCAGCCAUCUGGAGCGAUUCCAAUGCUGAGCCACUUUGA